CAACGGGUAUACGACAGUGACCGGCUGAUAGUCGUGUUGAUCGUAUUUUAUUAUUAUUAUUUUUAUAUAACAAUAAUACAUAAAACUAUACGCCUAUAAAGAAUUUUGUACAGAUAUUUUUACCAUCGUUCAUCCGGUUCAGUGGCCAUUUCUCCUUCCGAGCGCGCGCGUGUUCGCCAAUCGGUUUAUUCUUGCACUGUUGUGGAAGCGGUCGUCCACGGAGCGCGCAUUUCUCUCUAUUCCGAAUAGACCGUCGAAAGACUAACAUUAUAAAACAAAAUUGACAGUGCGAUAUCAUGUAAUGUCAUGCUAUCGUCAUACAUAAUAUUAUUUUCGGCCAUGGAUAUCACGAGUGGUUAGUGCAUUCCGUUUUUGAUUUAUAAUAUUAUAUUAUAAAAGUAUUUAUUCGAUAUUUACUCAACUGAAAUCGCGUCCCCUACGUAUUUUCUCGAACAAGUAUUGGUGCGACGUUUUUAAAAAAAUUGUUUCGAUAGUGCGAUUAUAAAAUAUAAAGAGAAAUUCAAACGCAGCUGAACGCUACGGGGACCGAGAGUCGUCUCUAACGCAACAUGGAUAUCCAAUUCGAAGACUUAACGUACGAGGUGAAGCCACCGUUUUGGAAAACCAAAGUUCCGUCAAGAACGAUAUUGAAGUCUGUAAACGGCCGAUUUGCAGCUGGUGAACUCUCAUGCAUUAUGGGACCAUCGGGUGCAGGAAAAAGCAGUUUACUUAAUUCCUUAUCCGGUUACAAUUAUAAAGGCGUAAGCGGGACUUUGAAGUUAAAUAAUCAAGUCAGAGACGAGAAGUUGUUUCGUAAGUUAUCAUGUUACAUAAUGCAGGAAGACAAGAUUCAGCCUAUGUUAACUUUAAACGAAGUGAUGAUGUUCGCUGCGGAACUUAAAUUAUCCAAUGGUACACUGACUAAAGAAAAACAAAUGAUCGUGACAGAAAUUCAAAAUGUUUUGGGAUUGUCCGAGAGCAAAAAUACAAGGACCGAAUUUUUGUCGGGAGGCCAGAAAAAGAGAUUAUCUAUUGCUUUAGAACUUAUCAACAAUCCACCCAUAAUAUUUCUCGAUGAACCUACUAGUGGCCUGGACAACGUUUCCAGCACGUAUUGCCUACAACUGUUGCGUGGGCUCGCGCACCAGGGCCGCACCAUCGUGUGCACCAUCCACCAGCCGAGCGCCAGCAUGUUCCAGCUGUUCGACCACGUGUACGUACUGUCCCAGGGGUACUGCGUGUACCAGGGCUCCACCGACCAGCUAGUUCCGUUCCUGUCCACCGUCGGGCUGCAUUGCCCGCUCACGUACAACCCGGCCGACUACAUAAUCGAGGCGACCGACGGCGAGGAACAGGAAAACAUUGACAAGUUGGCUUCGGCCAUGGCAAACGGUAAGCAGUCGCUGUGCAAGACGAGAGACAUCAACAACUGUUACUUGACCCGCGAGGACACGACCAAAGUUUCUGAACUACUCUUGCCGGAACUUAAUGGAAACGUAGUCACUUCCAAAUUGCUCCCUUUGCCACCGAUAAAUUACAUAGCGGGUGACGAAGUGAACAAUGACGAAGACGAUGACGUAGUAAAACCCAGCAACACAUGGUGUGUGGAUUUUCCGACUUCCGGUUGGUCGCAGUUUUGUACGCUUUGGAAGCGUAUGAUCUUGCAGUUGUACAGGAACAAGAUAGGUCUAAACAUUCAGUUUUACCAUCAUCUCAUCUGUGGCCUGGCGGUGGGCAUUGUGUUCUACGAUAAGGCGAAUGACGGCACACAAUUCUUCAACCACAUGAAAUUCUGCAUGGGCAAUAUUCUCUUCCACACGUUCACGCAGUCGAUGGUCCAAGUGCUUGCAUUUCCGUCCGAAGUGAAACUUCUAAAACAAGAAUACUUCAACAGAUGGUAUAGCUUGAGGCCUUAUUUCUUAGCGCUACAGUUGUCAAGAGUACCAUCCAUUAUAUUUUUUAGCAGUAUUUAUACGGCUUUGGUAUAUUUCAUGUCCGGUUUACCUUACGAACUUUUGCGAUUUUCAAUGUUCAAUAUCAUUUGUCUAUUGGUUUGUUUCGUCUCCGAAGGCAUGGGACUUCUUGUGGGAUCUGUGUUCAACGUGACGAACGGCAGUGCGGUUGGGCCAAUGAUGAUAGCACCGUUUUUGGGGUUGGCUAUUUAUGGGUUUGAUUUUGCGCACCAAGUACCAUGGAUCAUGGAGUUCGUAAUGCAAGGAAGUUUCUUACGAUGCGGAGUUAUCGGACUGGUCAUUACUGUGUUCGGGUUGAACAGAGAACCACUACAUUGUGACACAGGCUACUGUCACUUUAAAGACCCAAACAUCAUAAUUUAUUACCUGAACGUGGACAGAAAACAUCCAUACUUUGAGAUCAUAAAGUUGGUCGUUAUGCUUGUGCUGUUCAGGGUUUUGACGUACUUCGCACUCCGGAGGAGACUCACUGGCUAAGACGGCAGCCAGUACGACUAUUUUUUGUUGUCCGAGACGAACUUUAUAAUUUUAUUUUUAUUUUUUAAAUGUUGAUUACUUAUCCUUAAAUAUUUAGUUAUUUAACUUUCAUCGAUUUUCAUUCGUUGUAUUUUUAUUUUUGUAAAACUUUAUACCUAUAUACAACGAUAAUAUUAUUAUUUUAUAUAAUAGGCUUAGAUACAUUAGUUUUCUAAUUUAUCACACCGAGUCCUCGAAGACCGAGACUUUAAAAUUUAUAUUUUAAUGAACAAAAUUCGUAUUUUGUAACUAAUUUAUAAGUUUAUAUAAUACAAAUAUUGUUACAACUUUUGUUCUAAGCGAUUCUAUACACGAAUACGAAAGUGUUGUAAGUAUAUUGUAAAUAUGAUGGUAAAUUUAUUUUUAUAAAAUAUAUAUAUAAAUAAGACUCACAAAA